ACAAAGGCCAAGGUCUCUUGCGCGCCCACAGUCUCCCUGUGUUCCACGAGAAGGGCGGCGGCUUGGAGGGCACGUGGAACCGGGAGAACCUCUCGUUCAAACUCAGCGGCUCCAGCGGGCUGGUCAUUACGCCCUUCAGUCUUCCCCCGAUUGGAGACGAGGAAGAGGCUCCCAAAUCGUCCAAGCAAAGCGAACCGAAGAAGGAGAGCCUCGACUUUUGAGCUCAAAGCAUCGUCUUUGUUGAAGCAACUCUCGACCGACUACUCGCUAAACGUGGAGCUCCCCUGGGAGGAGGCUGGAGCUUGCCGCCUUAUCUUAUCGCAAAUGCCCGCUCCACAGCCUAAAAAAUUCUUCCCCUUCAAAAGAGCUCCGAGCUGCAACUCUGCUUCCUUCUUCUUUCUCCUGAUCAACAUCUCUAUUCCAACAGGUACCAUGGCUAUGCCUUCAGACCCAGCUCCUGUCCGGAUCUCCAAGAUCGCAGGGCGCUACCUCAUCUUCGACUCGGACGCUGCGGCCCUUCUCCGUCGCAACGAGAACGUCAACGGGACGCUGGCCGGAACGGCGCCUCAGCAGCCGACCCAGAACAUCUUUCUCGGUCUACCUGUCGAGCUCCGGCCAGAGGAGGCCGAGUCGCUGGUGCAGAAGAAGGUGGCUUUUCUCGUAGAUGACGUAGCUGCCCAUCAGGCUGCGCUGCGCAGCCCCAACCCUGAGACGAAGAGGCUAUACCUCGACUCGCUCAAGACAAGGAAGCAAACUGCCCAGCAGGUUUUUGCAGAGAAGAAUGCCAAGAGAGCCAUCGAAGUGGCAGAAAAGCAUGGAAGGCCCCGCCCGACCACCUCUCGAACCACCCCUAGCAAUGCAGAUGACGAUGCUCUCUUCUCAAGUGACCAGCCUGAACCCAACCCGCGUCAAACGGAUGCUGCAAUCAAGUCGCUCGGUGUCACGCCGACAUCCAGUGGGCCGUUGAUCUCCCCUGGAGCAGAAAGGACAUACCUUGCCGAGAAGCCGACUACAGGCCCACUGUGUGGCUUCCUCUUGACCUCUGGCUACUACAUGACCCCGGGUCUACGGUUCGGUGCCAAGUACAGUGUCUACCCCGGUGACCCUCUGAGAUUCCAUGCACACUUCAUGGCGAAUCAAUAUGGAUGGGAAGAAGAGAUUCCUGUCCUGGAUAUCGUAGCAGGAGGCCGUCUUGCCACGGCGGUCAAGAAGGCUUUCCUAAUAGGAAGCAAGCAACCAGGGGAUGAAGAGCUGCCAGACGGCAAGAUGCGAACCUUUAGUAUUGAAUGGGCAGCGAUGUAA